GUGCCUGACAUGUGGCUUAUUGUUACCAGAGCAUAGGAACUGAGUUGAUGCAUAAAUGCCAUAUUCGGGCGAUUAUCCAUCCCUUUUUUAUUUUUUUUAUACCUCAACCUUGUAAUUUCUCACAAUAUGGGCUCUCGGUUAGAGUUUCACUCUAAGCUUUACGAGCUCGAGCCGGUGGAUGCAGAUGAUGAAUUAGAGCUUGAUUUUGCUAAAUUCUACGCGAACUAUUGUGAGGCAACCAAGAAUAAAUCAGAAAUUGAACUUCACAACUACCUUCACGAUAAAGCUUCGCAAAAUAAAAAAGAAUACCAUGACUUAGUAUCCGCAUUACUAUACGGUAUACUGACAGAACCUGCUGAUGCCAAAUCUUUUUUUCAGUCGAUCGCUUAUAUCAACCGAGAUCAUUUUGCCAACGUUGUUAAUAAAUUGCAAACCAUAUGCAACUCAUCGAAGUUUCAUCUUUUGAAAUCACAAGCCAGGGAACAAUUAUUUUGGUUGGUGACUGCAUUGACGAAUUUAAACGUGAACAACAUCGAUUUGAUCUACUUGAGUUUGCUAAAACAGAUACGUGGAGGUGACUUCAGUCAGCCAAACCUAUCAUUGUGUGAUCAAUAUGUUAAACUAUGCGAGAGAGUUAAACCUUGGUUAGAUGUGAAUCCCAAAAUAAUAGCGAUGACAGUAUAUACUUAUCUGAGAGUGCUAGCAGAUCAUCAUCGGUCAGCACAAUACCAUGCAUUACAACAAAAAGAGAUUCGGUUUGUAAUGAAUUUGAUGAGAGAGAGAUGGAUGUUAUGCGUGCCUAUCGGUAGAGAUCUGAUUCGGGCCCUUUAUGACGUACAAAAUAUUCCUGAAUUCAAACAAUUUUGGCAAGAUUUAUUGCAAAAACCACAAAGUCUAUCAUCAAAAUUCAAAGGCGUAGAUAUGAUAUUGAAUUCACCUACACCAAAAGAGUUCUUAAGGAGCAGGUUAACAGUCGAUAUGGAAACAAAGUUACUAUAUAUUUUGCAAAACUUGCGGAUCAAUCAAUUUCAACGAAAUUUGAAUUGGUUUACUCAACGUUAUCUAAGCUCACCGGAGUCGGAGCCUUUUUAUGUGGAUAUUAUUCGAUAUAUAGUAGCAGGCUGGUAUCCUUCCAACCAAAUCUUGCAAAGCGAUAUUGUUCCUCGUUACGUAGUCAUUGGAAGUAUGCUUAGAGCUAUAAGGAAUAAUACUGUUGCAAUGAAUGUUAAAACGGCCCUGAUUUUGGAUUGGUUAUUUUUCAAGCCCACAGAUAAUAUUAUGUUUAUAGAACCAGCCAUGCUGCUCAUUGAAAGAUCAGCAGAGCGUUACCCUUCCAUUACAGCCUCGCUGAUUGACUUCUUGAAACGUUCCGUCGAAGAAUACUUUCCACCUAUGAAAGAAUACAUGGCUGGAUGUGUCACCUGCGGUAUGCGUACUUUAUUAUCGAAGGGCGUCAUACGUAGUUUAUUACCUCUGUAUAAAUUACCUACCAUGGAUUCUGCAACAAAAGAUUGCAUGAAAAUUCUAUUCCAUGAUUUUUUGGAUGAAAGUAGUACCAGUCGAAAACAGCAACAAUUAUCGACACCGUCAUCAUCAUCAAGUGCAGCAACAGUAGCUGUAGAGCCUAUGCCUACGCCUACUGUAGGCACUACGAACAUGACCAAUACCCCAGAGCAUCAUCAUGAAAAUCGCCAACAACUGUUAACGGACUUUCCUUUAUCAGCUAAUUCAUUUAUAAAUGAUAGCGACGUGGAUGCUUAUCUAUACGGCGAACCCCAAGCUACAUCGACGAAAUCGACAGCAACAACGAUGAAUACAGGUGUACCAACUAUUCAAGGUCAAAUUGGCCUUACGAUUGACGAAGGCAAACCGAAGGAUGUGGAUAGAGCGGGUAAAACGGUUUUGCUUAACACAAGGGCUACUAAGCAAAAAACUGAUUCAAUGACAUGCACCAAUGUUAAUGCCAUUGCUCCAUUAGCAAUAGUAGAGGAAGAGGUGUAUAACGAAGCAAUCCAUCAGGAACAAUUACAGCGAGCCACUUCGUCUAAAUCAAUGAUGAUGGUUGACGACGUUGAUAUGACCAGUAAAGAUGAAGAUAGCGGAGAAGAACAAAUGAAAGUUAGCGAAGGAAAAGAAAAUGAAGGAAUAGCAGGGCGUCAGUUUAAGCAAGCGCAGGAAAUGGAAGUUAGCAGUGCAGAAGACUACGAAGAAGAAGAUGAGCGAGCUCAGGCUGCCAUGGAAUCAAAUCAAUCUUAUUGGAUAUUUGGUGAUUCGUUAAGCCGAUUUAAAGAAGCAUGCGUUGUUCUGUUAAAUGGCACGGGCGAGCAAUUUGAGGAAAUGUAUGAUGAACAAAAUACAAUUGCAAAGAAAAACUUGAGUGAAAUUCUCGCUGUCUAUUAUAGAAUUGCUAUCCCUGCAGAAAUGUUGGUGGCUACAAUAGGAACACACAUUCGAAAUAUUAUUGCUUCUACGAUGCUCUCACAUACCAAUACUGCAAUAAGCAAAAAUGACAAUGAGGAUAUCCUUGUUAAAGAUAGUACAAAAGAUGUGUUUGAUUUAGUGAUGUUUCAUUAUUGGAACAUGUGCGCAGUAAAAAAAGAUGACAGUAAUGUAAAGAAGAUGAUUGAGUUAUUGAGCUGCUUGGCUCAUCAGACACGGAUAGAUCAAAGACGGCACAUGGUUGGUGUUCGCUGGUGGUCAUUCAUAGCAGAUCAAAUGCUUAAACGUGACGAAGUAAAUGCUUGGUUUCCAACCUUUUUGCAAGGCUAUCAAUCAUUCGUAAAGCAUGCAUAUAGCAUCGAUCAUUCUACGAUGAAUGAAAAUGAAUAUUUGAAGAACUACUUAGAGAAAGAUUUGCAGAUGCUUGCCCAACUUAAUGUUAGCCAAUUCAAUCGAGUCAUCACCCUGCUAUACCAGUUUUUACCUGAUAUAACUUCAGGCAAUUUAGAAUUAUUGAAGCUAACACUCAUGAUGCUCUUACCUGAAACGAUGGGGAAAAUGGCAUUGGAGCUCCAUUACGGAUAUUAUCAUAUUUUCGGCAACAAGUUUACUGAUUACCAGUUCAUCAGUACUUCCUUUACAUUACCAACGUUUGAAACGCUAUCUUUUUGGCAACUAUUAACCGCCGAACUGCAAGGUCGACCUGCUCUCAUUCAAGAGUUUUUUCAAAACCCCAAAGUUAGCCAGCUUUUGAAAGUGGAUUUCAAAAAUGAGAUUAUCCCCUUCUUACUUACUUUGUUGAAAUCAGUUGCUCCUUCAAAAGAACUGAUUCAUGCCAUUGUCCAAAUUGUUCCUAUAUCUAAUACUUCAAUUACUGACGAGACUGGACAAGAGUUAUCGGAGCAGCUACAGUUGACAAUUGCUUUACUACAACAUUGGUCAACACUUUCAGAAGAGCCUUUCAUAUCCUCAUUAUCUGAUUUAGUGUCCACUCUAAUCGAUCAAACACAGAUAUUUGAAGAUGGAGAGGAAAAACAACUCAUGGCACCGUUGUUGACAGUUCUUUAUACAUGGUGGAGACAACGAACCGCACCACAAUCGUUCAAACAAAAUAAAGAACUGUUAGCAAGCCUUUUUAAACUAGGGAAACUGAUAGGAUUCGUCUGCCCGAAAGAAUGGAAUCAAGACAUACCGCGUAAAAGAAAACGCGUAGUUGUGUUUGAUUCAGAUGAAGAUGAAGAAACAUAA